GAUGGACUACUGUGCGACUGGACGAAUGUAUGCGGCACCCAGAAUUUACUAAUAUGGAGAAUAUGUACAAAUCUGUGAUAUUGAUUGUGAUUGGUGUUGUGGUGACCAGAGGAUACUAUUUCGACGAAGAUGAUAAUAAGCCCAUCUACUUGACCGCGGCCGUAGGAGAUUAUAUCGUUUUCAAUUGCGAUAUUGAUUUUCCAUUGAAUUAUCCAGUGCCAUACAAGAUCUUCUGGAAAAAACAGGGAGAAGUGAUAUAUUCCUGGCAAGAUGGUUCAGUGACAGAAGCAGACGAGUAUGUGGGUCGCAUUCAACAGGUUGGUAGGGAUCAACAAAGGCAGAUUGGUAAAGCCUCAAUCAACUUGACAUCAAUUAGAGAGUCAGACGUUGGAUGGUAUGAAUGCAGCAUCAUAUUUCCAAAUCGGACGCCACCUUGGAGAAAGAACGGAACCUGGUUCCACCUCACAGUUAGUGGUGGAAAUCUGCUUGCCAUUCCUCCAAUCAAUAGGACUGUCAUUGAAGGUGCAGAGGUGGAAUUUGCUUGUAUGACAAAAGAUGUGGACAUAAAAGUGAGAUGGUACAAAGAUGGCAUCCUUCUUAGCGAAUACCACGAUCUCACAUCAAGAUCUUGGAUAACAAAAGAAAACACGUUAGUGAUUCGACCUACAGAUUCAGGAGAUUAUGGAGAAUACGAAUGUGAAGCCUACAACGUUCAAGGUGAUACGCAGACGGCCAAAGCUUUCCUGAAUGUUCAGUAUAAGGCGAAGGUGGUAUAUGCUCCACCAGAAAUUCACCUACCAUUUGGAAGGCCCGCCAUUAUAGAUUGCCACUUCAGAGCAAAUCCACCUUUGACUAAUUUACGAUGGGAGAAAGACGGAUUCCUGUUUGAUCCUUACAAUAUCCAAGGAGUUUUUUACAGACGAAAUGGUAGCCUCUAUUUCAACAAAGUCGACGAAUCUCACGCAGGUGCCUACACGUGCACACCCUACAAUGACCUUGGAACAGAAGGACCAUCUACCAACAUGCAUGUCAUCGUUCAGCGACCUCCUGUAUUCGUGAGGACGCCGCACAACUUGUACCUGAGGAAACUUGGUGAAUCUGUUGAAAUGCCUUGUGAUGCCAGAGACGGGGAGGAUGGUCAUAGACCAAUCAUCGUUUGGUACAAGAAAGAUGGUGGUACUCUCCCAGUAGGGCGCUAUUCUAUCAAAGAUGGCAACUUGACGAUUACCGAAAUCCAGACCGAAGAUCGAGGAGUAUAUCAGUGCUCGGCCACAAAUAAAGCUGCCACUAUAACAGCUGAAACCGAACUCCUAGUAGAAAACAUACCUUCUAGUGCUCCUUACAAUUUAUCCGCCGUUUCUUCACCAACAUCUGUCCAUCUAACUUGGAACAUGGCGAGGCAUACGUCCAAUGUAGACUUCAGCGUCUGGUAUAGACAGAAGGAUGGGACCGAGUGGAAGACCCACCAAGUACCCUCGAGCAAAGCUUUGGAAGCUACGGUCACCAAUUUGAUACCAGGAACAGAGUACGAGUUUAUGGUUCUCUGCCGGGACAUUGACGAUGUUGGUUUGUUUAGCAAGUCGAUUCGAGUUUGGACAAAAAGCUUGGAGGGUGAAACGGAUCUGUUAACUGGGCCAUUUCCAACAAUAGGCUACCCAAGAAAUGUUACAGUCCAACCGACCGAUCAGGGUUUGUUGGUCAACUGGUUAUACCCUGAAUAUGGUCUGGAACGUAUUAAAUGGUACAUAGUGCGUUGGAGUCCGGCUCAUGAAGACUACAUAUUCGGUACUGGUGACACGACAAACACCAGCUUUUUGAGUAAGUAUAAGACGAUGCUUUCGUUACCAUCUUCGAAUACUUUAACAGGUUCAGCGCCAGGACCUCCAGGCUAA